AGGACUGACGCUGAACACAAAUCACUCGAACUCUCUCAUGAACCACUGGGUUUUCAAGAUAUUCAGCCGAUGUCUGAUGAUGGUGACGGGGAUGGUGAUGUUCACAUUCCUUCUGUAUCUGAUGACGAUGGUAUGUACAUGCUGUCAUGGUAGGGUCACCGAGAGAAAUCCCCAGGAUGGAGGAAAUUUUUCCUCAAGCCAUAAUCACCAUAUACUUAUACACAGAUUCAUUAUAAUGAUUUAAAAACAGCAGUACAGCACACUGAAAUAGUGCUAGAUUGGAGUGUGCCCUCCUGAGAAGCUUAAAUCCAAACAAAAUGUCACUGACAAUCGUAUCAUUGUGAAAUACAACCACAAUCGUAUUUUCACAAUCGUAUCAUACUCAGUGUUGUGGUGUCCCCACUAUAUUCGUUGUUAGAUUCAGUGACGUACAUGUUCUGCUGUUGUAAUGUCAUGUUUGUGUGCACGUUUGUGUUGGCAAAGUUUAAUAAAUAAAUAAAUAAAUAAUUGCUUUUAUUUGCCUGUAAUUGCCUUGAGUGAGCAGAUACACUUAUCUUUUUCAUAGCAAAGUUUUAUAAACAAAUAAAUAAUUGCCUUUAUUUGUCUGUAAUUGCCUUGAGUCAACAGAUACACUUAUCUUUUUCAUACAGUAUUUAUAUAGUCUAUAAUAUAUACAUAUACAUAUUAUAAUUUAUUGUAAAUUUUUAGAUAUAUAGUGUCACCAAUUAGCUGUAAAAGUUAAAUAACCUGGACACUGAAAUAAAGUUUUUAUUAUUUAUUAUUUCCAAAUCCAAAAAGCAUUUGGUAAGGAAAAUGCCCCCCUUGCACCCUCGUGGCUCCUCCCCUGUUUGCUAAAGCUAGUAGGGGUGUGCACUCCCAGAAGGGGUACACCCUCCUGCACCCGCAUCCCCCAACAAAUCCAUCCCUGGACAAUUUACUCCUUGUGACAAAGUUGGGGAUUUCUGUUUCAGAUGCCCCACCACCUGCUACUUCAGAGAAGAAUAAUGUUGUUGGCGCGGAGCCUUCGUCAGACAUAUUCCAUGAUGCAGCCGCAGAGUUUGAUGACGUACGUCCUAUGGCAGUGGAUGACAGUCCAGUGAAGAAUGAGUUACCUCAGCAUGCCAAUGUAGAGGAUAGCUUACCAGGCGGCAAAGAAAGUGUUUCAAAAACUGUCCUUGAUAAUACCUUAAAGAAAUCAUCAUCCAGUAAGUUCCUCAUUUCACUUAUCUGGCACUCCAAUGAACAGGGAUUAUUUUAGGCAGUUAAAAAUCUUGCUGAUCCAACCAUUAAAGACCAAUGUAAAGUCCGUUCUGCGCAGGCUUACAUUCCAAUGGUCAGGACCCGACCGUUGGAAUGUUAUUAAUAUUUCGUAUCUUUUGAACUUUCUUGAAUCGAAUCUCUAGUCUGUAUUCCUUUUCAAGCAUAGCGAACCAGAAGAGUGUUAAAAAUUCAGUAUAAUAUAUAUCUAAUCAUAUUUCAACUGUAGCACUGAGUUCAAAAUGUAAACAAAGCGUUUGUUUACAUUACGGACUUUACAUGAUCUUUAAAAAUUCAAAAAUUGUUUUACCCAACCUGAACCUGUUUCAUUAAAGUUGGCAUUUGAACAGUUUAACGUCACUCGUUACUGGUUCCUAACACCUUCUUUUCAGCCCUUUACGCCUUGAAUUUCCUGAUACAUGGCCUUGAAACUCCUUGAAAAGUCCUUGAAUUUAACUCUUCCUGACCAGUACGAACCCUGUUCCCUCGUUCCAGUUAAUAGUGUUAAUUAUUUCCCUCUGAAGCAGGCAUUAAGUGUAUAUAUUUAUACAAUUAUCAUGCACUUGAAUCUGUACAGGAAAACAGCAAGACAAUCAUGACAGAGAUGAUGAAGACGAUAGUGAUGAUGAUUUGAACAUAUUUGAAGAAAAGACGCCACUAAGGAAUAAGGUAAUAAAAAUAUAUCGAAACGUAAAUCUCCCGCCUGCUUUAAUGAGAGAAAAAAUGUUUCUCAAUUAAUUUGAUUAAAACAGAUUAAUAAGGAACCCAACUUUGUGAAAUUCCUACCAUAUACUAUUUGUACUUAAUUUUGAAACACUUGUAAAAAAUUUCUUAUUAUCUAAAAUAAGGACUUUAAACAAACUGCGGCUAAAGAUCACACCACAUAAUUAUGCAGAUCCGCCAUUUAUAAUAAAAGUAAAGAGCUGAGUUUUUUAGCUGCACUGUUCCUUAUGCAAUAGCUUUUUUAAAAAACCAUAAUCAUCAACGAUUUCAGAUUUUUCUGUGUUAGCGAGGAUCUUAACCUGUCCAGGGGUGUUUUGCGGGGGCGGCAGGGUCUUAGCUAGAGGGCCGUGUUGGCGGUGUUAUCGCGGCCAAAAAGGGAAAAACACGGCUAGAUAAAAUGAACGCGGUUUCAUUAUUUUUAUAAGGCCGUGUUUAGGUUCAUAAAAUAGCAGACACAAUUUCUUCCUAUUUACUGUACGUCGUAAGAAAGUUUGUAAAAUCGACGGUUGUUGUUGAAAUUGGCAAAAGUGAUAUCUGUGAUGACUGAUGUUUUAAUGUUUUGAUGGAUAAUGGGAACUGUAUGGUGUUAAAAUGGUUUUAAAUGCCCCCAAGAGUUGCUGAAAUAACUUGCAAAGCAUAGAACAACCACAGGUAUUGUCUGUUGUUGGCGAGCAUAACUAGAACCGUGAAUUUGGCUAUUUGGGGUAAUUGACAUGUGCACACCCUGGUCAUUUAGAAACACGCUCAAGAUAUAAAGUCCUAGCUAAGACCCUGGGGGGGGGGGAAUUUCCCCCCAAAUCUGAAAAUAGCUAAAUUCUGGGGGGGGGGGAAGCAUUCCCCCCUAAAUGGAAUAUGAAUAUCAUUAUUAAUAUUAAUAUUAAAUUGGUAAGUAGUAAGGCAUAUGAUCUUGAGUAUAAAAAUGGGUACUCACUUGGAAAUAGGCGAGCGUAGGAAAUAUAAAAAAAACCCCUGAAAUUUGGAGGGAGCUCCCACCGAAUCCCAAAACCUAAAAUACCCCUGUCCUGCUUGUCUUAACUAAUUUCAGUUUCGAGAACGAUCUGUCACAUGGAGCAUUGUGUGUCGUUCAGUUUGCUUUUCUGAACGAAAAUUUCCUGAAACACGCCGCCAUGUCAUAUUUUCAAAUUGGUGACCGGACUAGCUACACUUAAGAAGGGCCCAAUCGUGUUCCAGGAAUGGUUCAGAAGCCAGGUGAAUUUUCAGCAAGAGAAAAUAGUCUGAAUCUGUCAUCCUAAUCCUUCCAGUAAUUCCGGACCCCCAAAUUUCACCGGACCUCGGCCUGAGCCCGACCGCUUAGUCCCUGGUUCAAUAAGGUUUGCUUCUUUUUCCAGUCUCCACCGCAAAGUGUUGGUUUGAAAUCUGGACUGCAAAGUAAACAACCCCGUUCUGUCGCUACAAGGAAACGAGUUGUGUUUGAUCGAAGAGCGAAGGAGAAUAAGAAACCUCGUUUUGACGAGGAAGAAUAUGAAGGUAUUGUUGUUGUAGAAGUACAUGAACGCAUGGCCGAAUUUUGAGGAGACCUUUGGGGAGGUUUGGACUACUCUUUAUAGUAUAGUAACGAGCGGGCGAACUUUGACGAUGGUACACUGUCAGUCAUACAGUAAUUUAAAAAAACGAACUGCGAUUCUUGUGCAGCCCUCUAAGGCCGAAAAUACACUUGGUUUUCUAUUUGUUGUUGCAAAAAAUUCAGGUAGGGUAGGUCGUGUUUUCGUUUUUUUUAUAAAUGCUCAUGCAUGCAUGAGAAUGAUAUUCUACGUGAAUUAUGGCAAGCACAGAUGGCACAAACAUUUGUUUAAUAUUAUAUCAACUUUGAAACAAACAGGUUGCACCUUAUAUAACUAACUCAAAAAAUUUUUCCGGACUAACAUGAGAAUAUUAAAAAAUUUUCGACCAAGAUAAGCAAGGCUUCCAAUUUUUUCACCUCAAACAUAACAAAAGCUUUAAAAUUGUUAAAAUUGCCAACCAUUUCAUAACUUUGAGCAACUUCGACCAUCUUUUAUCCCAAACUUCGACCAAAUUUUUCCGAGUUUUACCUUCAAUUUUAAGCAAAUGUCAGUUCCAUUUUGACCAACUUUGGGCAAAUACCAGUUCCAUUUUGACUAACGUUUGUAGGCUAAAAUAUUUUAUUUAGACCCGCUUUAAAUAAGAACCUGUUCAGGCUAGAAUUUCAAAACAGAUUCUUAUAUUAUCAAAUAAAGUCAAAAUUAAGUCAUAAGUUACAAUCAGUUUAGCUUUAAAGUGGAUAUAGAGUUGGUAUAUAUAAUACUGUCAUUUUUUAGAUCAUUUGUGCAUAAUUUAAAUAAAUCAUAUAUUACAUACCUCCCUAAAAUGAGUCGCUUUUCUCUUAAGAAAAUAAGAACCUACAGUAUUUAAGAACCUGUUUAGCCUAAUUUCCUGGUAAGCACCAUUAUAGGUUCUAGGAAAAUCUAGGUUCUUAUAUGCGGGAUUUUACUGUAUGUACUAAGCCUAACUUUCUACUACUGUCUGCUGUAAAUAGCAUGGUUACCAUAUUGGUGGACUGAGUAGUUUCGUAUUUUAUAUUUCAGCUCAAAAUUUCGUGCGUCUGUUCAAUGCUGAUCGUGGAAGAAAGGGUGGUGCUACAGACGUCACUGAUUUAGACAUUGUGUUGACGAACAUUGAGGAAGUUGCACUGGAGAUAAAGUAUGUAUACGAUUCAUUUGAAAUCGAUUUGCAGUGAUAAACCACUGAAGUACUCGAAAUUUUACAAUAAAAUCUAAACUAAUUUAAAUAACUACUUGAAUAUUGAUAUACUACGUUAAAAUGUAAGUUUAAUAUACUGUACUGUACAAACUCUUGUUUCAAAAUCUUGUUACUAACAGUACGCCCCUGUUUGACCGGGGUUUUUCUACUGUUCCAAGUUAACUUAUCAUCUGUAGUGACUAAUUUUAAACCGUGUAUGAUUAACGCAUGAUGAUUUUCUUAACAUUAAAGGUGUAAAACAGAUUCAGCAGUGAACAAAAAAUUGGUUAGAGAAGCGUUCAUCCAAAUUCGACAAAUAUUCAGUGAUACGGUAUGUAGCGUUACUGUCAUGCAUGCACUGUGUAUUAAACACAAGUUUUUCAUAUGCUGGAUACCUCGAUUACAUACCUGUAUAUUUUCUUAGCCGUCUCUCUAAGCGUCUUCUCUCAUGGCUUCAGCGCCUUCUCGCAUGCUGCAGAAAUUAGGAAGCCAUGGAACGCGCUACUUACGUGGUCUUAAGCUUCGGAUACACGAGCAAUAUUUUUGCUGCGAUGGUUACGCAAUGGGUGAUAACAGCAUUGCGUUGCCGUCGCACAAGGUGGCUACACCUGCAAUAUUUCACCUGCAAUAUACGUCUUUAUAACGCUUUUCAUUGGCUGGUCAAGAAACGUGUCAUUCAUCAACCUUGACCUUCCUUGACCACACCUCCCAAUUUUCGGCAAUCAUUGCCGAAAAUCAAAUGAUUUGAAAUUUCGGCAACGAUUGCGCGCAACUUUGCGUUGCCGUCGCAGAGCAUGAUACACAAGCAAUUUCUUUCUCGCGACGGCAAUGCAACGAUUUUACCACCAUUGCAUUGCCAUCGCCAGAAAAGUAUUUCCCGUGUAUCCGUAGCUUAAGGGGCUAGCAGGGUGUCCAGGGAGUCCAAAUUCCAGGACUGGAAAGUUCUUGAAAAUCAGUAGAAGUCCUUGAAAGUCCUGGAAUUAAUUUCCUUAACCUCCAGCUGUGCCAACCGUUAGUGAUUUUGAUUAAAAUUACUGGAUAAGAUGAAUCAUUUGCUGGGCAAAUCGCCAAAUCCGUGCCAUUUUCAAAGAUUUUUCCCAGUUCUAGGUCCUUGAAUUUACUAGAAUAGGGCCUUGAAAGUCCUGGAAAAGUUCUUGAAUUCCACCUUCACCAAAGGGUGGACACCCUGGGCUAGCUCCAACUUAACUGUCAAAAUAUGUACUUUCAAAACAUUGAAUUAAGAAUUGUGGUGAACUCUAAAACCAUGUGAAGGAAGUGGAGCUACUGUAGCUAUCAUCUAAGCAUAAAAUAAAUGGCUAUCAACUCUAAAAAACAUGCACAUGUACAAUAGUCUAAACAUAUAAGGCUAAGAUAGCUAUUUAGCCAAAUUCAAAAGCUAUUGGGGCAGGAUCUGCCUGAGUCAUACAGCCAUUCUCGCCUCCAGGCUACUAGGUUUAGGUUAAAGACGUUUCAGAACUGAUUCUAUUCUUUUUCAGAUUGAUAUUUAUAAAGAAAAGAAAUAUUUACAGUCUGCAACGACAAAGGUGAUUGCAUGUGCAACAUACUGUAUGCUAUACGCAGACUAACUAACAGUCUAACAUGCAGCUAAGGUCGAUUUUUUGUGGAAUGAAGAUUUAGAAUUCCGAAAUUUUCUAAUUUUCUUCGCAAAAAUGUCAUCACUCUGAGAAGAGGUGCAAAAGGCAUGCAGAGGCAUGCAAUCAAUAAAUCGCUUCAGUUUAAGGAAAAGGACCCUGCCAUAAGGGUUUAGUACAUGCAGUAUACCAUCAAAUUUCAAAUCUAAUGUAAUAUGCUAAACACAAUAUCUCCACGGGUUUUUUAGACAAAUUCUAGAAUCAAGAGAAUGAGACAAGAACUCCUGGACAUCCAAGAUAAAAGAAAAGAGUAAUAUUAAUAAUUGUUUUGCAUGCAUGGUCAUAUUUCUCAGAUGGCAACUCAUUGUUGUCCAAAUGAGACAAGCAGCCAUGUAAUAAAAGUACAUAAAGCAUGCAAACAUGUGUCAUUGACUCUUGUUUUAGUGGAAAACGCGUAAAAAAUGCCUCGAUUCACUGAGGAGUUCUUUUUAUCAAGCGCCUUGGUUUUUUGUCAGGGCGAAGCCUGCUCUCGUCAGUUAUUAUGCAGUAAUUAUUAUGAAAUUUUCUGAUCAAAAGAUCAUCUAUUAUUUAUAGAGGGGAGGCAAAGCUCAACAAGCUGAAAUCUGAAUGUAACACAAUAGAGAGACGAAUUAAGGUUGGUAGGGGGAAGAUAUAAUUCGAUUAAUAUUUUAUAUUAUAAAUAUGAAGAUUUUUGUGGCAUCUCACUUGAAGGAAUAAUAUUUGAUGCAUGGUAUAUAUUGUAGAUGGAAAUGGACCUUUCCCCUUAUAACUAAAAUUUUGAUCUAGAUAAAAAUUUCAUCACAGCUUGAAAGAGCAUCACAAAAUUAGUAAUAUUCCAGAGUUUCGUUGCGAAAUGUUGUAAAAUGCGGAUAAUAUAGCCUUGCGAAUUUUGCCGUUUUUCAGUCAUUUUGUAUAUACGCACGGAAAAUUGACAGCCCAAUCGGGUCUUGGGGCAUCAAUUUCCCGUUUAUAAUACAAAAUGACUGGAAAUUGUAAAUUUCGCAGGGCUAUAUUAUCCGCAUUUUACAACAUUUCGCAACGUUGUGAUGCGUAAUGUUGUGAUGCUCUUUCAAGCUGUGAUGAAUUUUUUGUCUAUAUUUGUCUAGAUCAAAAUUUUAGUUAUAUAAGGGGAAAGGUCCAUUGUCGAGUGGGAAUUUAUAUACAUUUAUUAUUUUAUGUAAUUUUUAUUACAUUUUAUAGUUCUUUAUAGAGAUUUUGAGCACUGAUAAAACUGAUAAUAUCACAUGUGAGAUUACUGUAUUUAAUAUUAUGAUUAAUUUCACACGUGAAAAUUAUCGCUUUUCAAAGACUGUCCUGAUUAAGAUAUCAUGUUUAACACUCGAAAUAACUUUAGGUCCCUGACAGGAAUUGAACCUGCGGCCCUGCGGUUCCGGUUCAGCGCUCUAACCAACUGAAUUUUCCAUAUGAAAGUUUAAUCCUAUCUGACUGGGACGAACAUUUUUUUGUUCUAUAUUUAUAGUACUGCAUGAGCAGCGUAUAGUUUGAAAAUAUAAAUUAGCAAAAAAUAGUAUAAUUGUUAAAAGGCCUACUGUAAACAGAAUGCCGUUUACAGCAUUUUCAUAAUCUUCAUUAAUUUAAUUUUAGAGCAAGGAAGAGGCGUACAAUUUUCUUACUGAGUUUGAACAAUUUCAAGAUGACUUGAGAAAAAGCGAUCCAGAUCAUAACAGUGGAGAGGUAAAAAGUUGUAUUUCAUUGCACCAUUAAGAAACCAGAUGCUUAUAUGUGAAUGGGCUGGCUUAGGUUACAUAUCUAUAGAUAUAUUACAAGUUAAAACAAUGUGGAGAUCAUGAGCGGCAAUUUACAAGAACAUUGAAAGGAUAUUAAACCUGAAAGUUUAUUGAAAAAUAUUGAAGAAAAAAACCCCAAGAAAAUAGUUGUCUUUUCAGUUUUGAUAAAAAGGAAUAAAUAGAGUGGGCAUCACAGAUGUCUUGGUUCAGAGUAUAUUGAAAAAUAAAGGGCCUUCAUACUUGACAGAAAAUUGUCUGAGAUUUGUACGAGACCGAGCUCGCUAUUUUGUUGUGUUACUACUGAGUACAUGGAUGACAAGUUACACAUUACCCACAUGCAGACAUUUACAUCAUUGUAAUGGCUAGAGCCAUCGUGUCCGCACUGAACUGUAUACGCUUUGGUGGGUAAUACACAAUCAAUCUACUGUACGUAUCGAUCUCAUCCCAUUCGCGUUCACACUUCAGAUCGUUCUGAGAUCAUCUCUUCAUGCGAGCAUUCAAUCCAAGAUCGAUCUUCAAUGUUUUCGACUGUUCACAUUAAGUUCGCUUGACUUUAGAUCGAUCUCAGGUCGAUCUAAUAGUGGUGUGUGAAAAAGCUCAUAAGGUGACAGCCAGAGGCGCCCUUAUAGUACGCCUUCGACUCGAUCCGGUUGAGCUGCCACCUUCGUAUAAUAGACGCUCUAAUUGCCAAGAACAACACCAAACAAAUAAUUUAGCAUGUUACAAUCUAGCGUGAAGCUUCUCGGCUAAUAGGCUGGGGGGCAUUGGACUUAUUCAGAAAUGACCUAUAUAUCCAUUCCCCUACUGUUUCUAGGAAUAUCGUGGAGACGAGAGCCUGCCAUCAUUGCUAUGUGAAGGCAGCGGUUAUCUAUCUACAGAGAGGCAGCUGAGAAAUAUUAACGAUAAGUUACAAUUAUGGUUGGACAAGAAUAACACAUAAAUGAUUUAUAUAAUAAUAUAUGGCUAUAAAAUAUAAUAGCUGCAUGUACAGAAUAUAUCUAAGUAUUACCGUUUGUAAGUCAUGAUUGUAUUUGUGGCCAACAACAGAAUCCUGUGGCCCUGUUACACUUACUCAAUACAUGCACCCUUUCGAUAAUUACGUCAUUUGGCCUGUGAGCCCAUAGAUAUCUUAUA